CUCCAUCCUUCCCUACUCUUAACAUUUGUGAAAGGGAAGAUGAGUUUUAAGCUUUGUUCUUCUCAAAUUGAUAAGUUGUGUAUUAUCUCUCUUUUAUUGCUUGUUUUAGCAAAACCUAUUAUAGCAUACAAUGUGGUGAGAUUCGGGGCACGGCCCGAUGGCCGAACGGACUCAACCCAAGCCUUCCAAAAAGCUUGGGCUUCGGCUUGUAGAUCGGUGAAGCCCGCUAUAGUGGAUGUACCCUAUGGGAGAUUUGUGGUCAGGCCCGUUUUCUUCAGCGGCCCAUGUAGAGCUACUGUCACAUUUAGGAUGAAGGGCACGAUCAUCGGCCCAUCGGACUAUCGUGUGUUGGCCCGGUCUAGUGUGUGGCUUAUGUUCUACAAUAUUAAUGGGCUUAUUAUUCACGGUGGUACCCUUGAUGCUAGAGGUCAUUCCUUUUGGUCAUGUCGACGUCGUUUUGGAUAUUGUUACAAUGGAGCACAGUCCAUAUCCUUUGUAUCAUGCAAAAACGUAGUGGUGCGAGGUCUAACAUCAUUGAACAGCCAGAAGAGCCAUAUGAGCAUAAAGAACAGCAACAAUGUGGCCCUUAAUUACUUGAGACUUAGAGCUCCAAGUGGUAGCCCUAACACUGACGGCAUGAACAUUCAGCACUCUACUCGUGUUAGCGUCUAUAAUUCAGCAAUUAUGACAGGAGAUGAUUGCAUUGCAAUAGGACCUGGUACUCAAAAUAUGGUUAUCAAUAAAAUUGUUUGUGGCCCUGGCCAUGGUAUUAGUAUCGGUAGUAUGGGCAACAGCUUACGAGAAAAUGGAGUACAGAAUAUAAUGGUGUCAAAUGUUGUGUUUUCGAAGACAACAAAUGGUGUAAGAAUCAAGUCAUGGGCAAGACCUAGCAACAGUUUCGUCCGUGGCAUCACAUUUCGCAAUCUCGUCAUGCGCAAUGUCUAUAAUCCCAUCAUCAUUGACCAAAAGUAUUGUCCUAAUAACCAAUGUCCUCACCAGAAUUCGGGGGUGAAGAUAAGUAAUGUGAAGUAUAUAAAUAUAAAAGGAACUUCAAAGACCAAAGAAGCAAUAAUGUUUACAUGUAGUCCGACAAAUCCAUGUACAGGGAUCAGAUUGGAAAAUAUCAAGCUAAGUUUUGGACGCCAAAAAGCGACGUCGUCUUGCAGCUAUGUUCGUGGUACUAGUCGAGGCAAAAUUGUCCCUCGAAGUUGCUUUUAGAAACUAGAGCUCAUUUCUUAUGAGUCAACAAUUGAUACUAUAUAUUCAAACAUGAAUUAAUGCCUUGUAUUUUAAGGAGGCUUUUUAAUGAUUUUUUUCUCGAUCGAUGAGCCUCUUGAUUAAACUUGUAUACACUUCAAUGAGUGAUGGUUGAGGACUACAUAAAUUACAUCGACUGCG